AUGGCUACAGCUCGCGAUGACAGAGAUGAAGAAGAAAGCCUACGAGCCAAAAUAACUGAAUAUUUUGUCAGCUGUCCAUUAUGCCUUGAGGAGUACAAAGACCCGACAGAUUUACCAUGUAGGCAUACAUUUUGUAAAGAUUGUCUGAAGACUUACAUUUCAAACCCAACACCAGGAAGUAAAUUCCGGUGUCCUGUGUGUCAGAAAGAGACUGAAGUUCCUAAAGAUGGACUUGAGGGCUUCACUCACAAUUUCUUCAUUGAAAGCUUGCAGGACACUGUACUUCAGCCAACACAUAAGAAAAAGUGCAGCUCUUGUGUUUUGUUGUCCCAAACUGAAACAGUGGCUACUUCAAAAUGUAUCACCUGCCAUGACUACCUAUGUGAGAGGUGUUCUUCAUUCCACUGUGCUACCACACUCACUAAAGAUCACAGAGUACUCACUUUUCAACAACUUCAAAGCAGUGAGUAUCAAAAAGAAAUCCAAGAGCAGCAGAAGAUUAUCUGCCCAGAACACAAAGGUGAGAUGAUACGAUACUUUUGUUCAGACUGCAAUGUCCCCAUUUGUCGUGACUGCAAAGAUCUACACCAUGAUGGUCACAAACUUAUCUCCCUUGAAAAAGCUGCAGAGAUGGUGAAACCAAAACUUCAGACCAAAUUCUGUGGCAUGGAGAAAAACUUUGAAAAGGGUGAGAAAACAAUAGAUAAAAUUGAUGAAAUAUUGGGAACCCUCCAAGAAAAUGAAAGCUUUGUUCAGCAGGAGAUCAAAGCUCGUGCAGCUCAUCUACGUCAACUGGUAGAUCAACGAGAGAAAACCUUACUACAGGAGCUUCAUCAAACCACCAGCACUCAAAGAAAUAAUUUACAAAUUUCCCGCAAAAACUGCAGUGCCACUUGCUCCUCUAUCAAAACCACAACAGAUGUAGUAAAGAACAUCCUUCAACGUGGUGCCCCCAUAGAUGUCCUCAUGCUACAACACCAACUUGGACAGAGACUAGAUGAGCUACAGUCCACUUCAGCUGUGGAUGAUAUUCCAGAGGAACUAAAACUCACACUUACCACCAACACAGAAGUGGACCAAGAGAUAUCCAGUGGGGCUGGCCUGGGGAAUGUGCGGAUAUCUAGACAACCAGCUUUGCCCAAGCUCAAACCACAGGCUGUAUGUAUGCUAGAGUUUGACACUGGCCCUGAGGUGACAGUGGACAUUUCAGUGAGUCCAAACAGGGAGUAUGUUACUACACAUGGUUGGAAGAACAAGGUCAAGGUUUGUAGUUCAGAUGGUACAGUAAGGCAAGAGUUCACAAGUGUCUCAGACACACAGUUGAAACAUCCAGCAGGGAUCUGUCACUUCCCUGAUGGAAGGAUGGUUCUAUCUGAUACAGACAAUAACAAACUGUUCAUCCUGUCACCACAGUGGGAAGUACAGCAAACUGUAGAUGUCAGCAACCCAUGGGGUGUGGCUCUCAAUAACAGCUGCACUAAGAUUGCUGUGGCACAGGGUAAGAAAGAAAAGUCUGUGAGUGUGUUCAGUAUUGAUAUCAAAGGGAAAAUAACUUUAACUGAUGUGAUAAAGAACAAAGAUGGGAAGCAGUUGUUCAAUUAUCCAUAUAAAGUGGCAUAUAUGAGCAAUGGGUGCCUUGUUGUCAGUGAUACAUCACCAAACAAACUUCACAUUCUAACCCCAUCUGGUGACCCACUGUAUCAGUACACAGGACCUGAUAAUCAGUUAGGUACACCUGAUGGUGUCUGUGUUGAUGAAUAUGACAACAUACUGGUCACUGAUCGCGAUAACCACUGCAUACACCUUGUAUCCCCAGAUGGGAAGUUCAUCCAGUACAUAGCAACCAGAGCUGAUGGACUAUAUUAUCCAUGGGGAUGUACCAUCAACCAGGAUGGAGACCUGGUUGUGGCUCAAGGGAAUGGGAAAGUGAAAGUAUUCCAAUACUUGGAAAAAUGCUAAGAAACUGAACAAUAUGUACUUUUCUGACAUAUUUCAAAUAAUGUAGUAUACAAGAUAACAAAGCAUCCAAAUGGAAAAACAGAAAGCAAACAAGACAGCUGUCAUAUGUACAGACAAAAAGCAGAAAAGAAUAAUGCACAGAAUAGGACAUGGUCAAUUCUGAUGCAAUAAUAUGUUACGCUUAACUGCAAAAUCAACAUCAUAAUUUAAUUAUGCCCAACAGAUAAUACCAAUUAAAGUAAAAGCAUAAGGCUUCAGGCCCAUGAGAGUUCAAGUUAACACUUAAAAAUGCCAGAAUGAGAAAAAUGAAAAUUCCACAAAAAUUGCAUUAAUUCAAUAAUAAAUGAUAAUCCUAUAGAGUGGGUUUUCUUAUUUGAGCUGUAUGUCAAUCCUAAAUCGUUCUUGUAAGUUAAAAAAUUAUAAAUAACACAGUUUUCUUUUUAUCAUAACAUUUGUGAUGACAAUGCAUGGGUAGUUUUUUGUCAAUUUUGAUGCAAUAUUACAUAAUGAUUAACUGUAUAAUUACCACCAACUUUUAAUUAUCUUCUAUAAAUAACAUGGCCAUUAAUGAUAAGGUUUGUUUCUGCACUUGUUUUGUUGUGCCUAGCUUUUGUUUGUAAUAUAUAUAUUAUAUAUAUAUAUUAUAUAUAUAGUAAAUUUUAAUUAGUUAUUUGUCUAUGCCAUAUUGUUUGUUUAAAUGUCAUGUUAAGGAAUUAUAUACAUUAAGUUUUUUUUAAACAACUUUUAUAUGUUUGUUACACUACUUAACAAUGUUUACAAAUGUAGUUAAUUUAUUAUAAACUUAUUGUUAAGAACUUAAGGAACUAAUCAAUGUAAUUACAAGCAUGUUUUUAUAAUUUAUCUAUAUAUCUUUGCACGUAUCUUGAUCUGUAUGUCUAUACAUAUAAAUUUAAUUAUUUUUUUUGUUUGUUUGUGACAAGAAUCAUAAAAAAUGUUAAUGGAAUGGGAAGUAAGUAUUAUUAUAGUAAAUAUCCUUGGUCAAUAACAUAAUAUACAUUUAUUAAAGGGUUCAAUUUAACAUUAUCAACUUAAAAAGCUUCAGUGUUACUAAUAAGUUUGUUUUAUUG